AUGCAGUGCCGAAUUUUAGAUCAAACAUCAAUCAUUGUUAAGCCAAUUUUCGUGAACAUCACAUUAGCAAGUGCAUCUCUGCUGUCCGUGGAUUGGAACGAUGAACGACUUUCAUGGAACCCAUCCAAUUUUGAUGAGAUUAAUGGAUUUUAUAUCAAUCAGAGUUUCAUAUGGCAAGCAGAUGUGUUAGCGUAUAACAGCCGCUCUUUUUCUGGUAUAACUUCCGCUCCGCAGCACGUUUACGUGCACAGCAACGGUGAUAUCAAUUCCUUUGUGUACAACACCGUUUCAUUCACUUGUCUGAUGAAUGCAAGUAUGAGGGACUUUCCCUUUGAUAAACAACUCUGCUCUGUAGAAUUUACGUCCUAUACCUUCUCAAGUCGCGAACUUCAAAUUGAUUGUAGUGUACCGGAGGAUUUCGGCCACUCAUCCGCUAGUAAUAAUGAAUGGAUUGUUGAUGGCAUUACAUGUUCAACGUCCCGCGUUCAAGACGAAGUCGGACCCGAGUACUAUUUGGUCAAGUUCACAUUUCAAAUGCGACGCUUCUGUCUGAUCUACGUUGUCACCAUAAUAUUGCCUUCCUUCGUACUUACGCUUCUCUGCGUUCUUGGGAUGUUUUGGUCGAGGGUCAAUCACGAUGAUUACCUAACAAAAAUUGGGUGUGGACUUUCCGCCAUUGUUGCAAUGUGCACAAUUCUUCAAAUUGCUGGGCAAAGUAUGCCCAAAACCAGAGAGCUUCCCUCAUUAUUUUACAUUAUGGCAAAUUUGAUGCUAAUCUCUGUUUCCAUAACUGUUAUUACCACAGCAUCCAAGCCCUUUCACUUGCCAAAAUUCAAGAUAUGUUAUUUAUCACAAAGGUGGUUUCGUCGACUGGAUUUUAUUCUGAACGUGGAGUUCGAAUUUGCUUGUUUAUUGGUAUUUUUACUAGCAACGGUUGCCAAUCUAUUGAUGCUAGCGUCAAGAGCAUAAAUGUUCUGCCUCAAUUGCUGAGCAGUCUCUCUCC